AGACGCAGGUUGGUUCAUUGGACGGUCCAUUCAUUAGGUGAGAGAACGCAGACGGAGACGGCAGCACGCGCUCGUGAGCCAUGAAGAGAAAGCUGGAGGUCCUCAUCCUGGUCCUGGGCGUCAUCGGCCUGAUUGGGACCAUAGCCGCCACGGCCAUGCCCAUGUGGAGGGUCUCCGCCUUCAUCGGAGCCAACCUCAUCGUCAUGGAGACGCUCUGGGAGGGCCUGUGGAUGGACUGCUACUACGAGGUCAUCAGGAUGCAGUGCAAGGUGUACGACUCCAUGCUGAUCCUCCCGCCAGAGCUGCAGGCGUCGCGGGCGCUCAUGAGCGCGGCCGUGGCCCUGGCCGUCGUCUCCGUGGUCGUCACGGCGACGGGCCUCUCCAAGGGCCGGCUGGGCAGCGACGACGUGAGGGCCAGGCGCAUCACGCUGGCCUUCGGGGGCGUGUUGUUCCUGCUGUCGUCUGUGAGCACGCUCAUCCCCGUCAGCUGGGUGGGCUACACCGUCAUCGCAGAUUUCUACAACCCCACGGUCAUAGACGCCCGGAAGCGCGAGCUGGGCAGCGCCCUCUUCGUCGGCUGGGCCACGUCGGCCAUUUUGCUUGUGACCGGGAUCCUCCUUCUGGCCAGCUGCAGCAAAUCGCGGGAGGAAGAGCCGUACGCCGGCGUGCAUCUGAUGCCGCUGAAGGAUGAGGGGAAGGAGGAGAGCGCCAGCAGGGCGCCAUCCAGCUUUCACAAGCACCAGGAAUACGUGUAAACAAUCAUGAUGUCAUGGGUUGACUCAUAAGAUGCUGUGAGAAUCUUGUAUCUCAUAAUUUGCUGAACAACUACUUUUCAUUUUUUUGAAUCUGUAUUUGUCAUAAAAUAUUUUGUGCCUCAUUAUUUAUGUAAAUGGAUGAUUUUCUGCUGUUAAUAUGAUAGAUGUGUUUGAUAAGACAAACUGUUUGUGCAAUAAUAUGCUGCGUAAUGUGGCUUUUGCUUCACUUGCUCAGUAGAUUCAGCUCAUGUCAACAGAUCAUGUGGUCAAUAAAGACUCACUGCUACUGCA